UCGUCUAUUUGUUAUUUUGUGGAACAAUUGGAUGAAAAAAAUGAAUGCUGUUGGUGCUACCAAAAUUUACGCAGUGGUUGAAUUUCUGGGAAGUUCAGAUUCUGCAAAAGAUGUAGAUCUGAUACCAGCCAAAUGGAUUACCGAAGAAAAUGGUGAGUUGCUCUGUUACUAUCCGCCGAUGGAAGAUUAUGACAAAAGAGACAAAUAUACUCAGGAUUUAGUUGAUGCGGAUGAAAACUGGGAGAGGUUUUCCGUUCAAAUUCUUACUUAUGCAAAUAGUUACUUAAAAGGAAAACGACGUUUAAAACGUUCUUUCAAGACUACUGACAUUAGAAGUACUGAUGACGAAAAUAAUCAAGUUACCAUGCCAACAGUUUUUUCUAGAAAAAACUUCACUAAAGAGUUGCGUGGAAUAGCGGCUAUGAACACCAGUUCGUCAGCUCCAAAGGAGAAGAUAAAUUACGAUAACAGCCUAGUUCAAGGAUGGUUUUUACGGCGAGAAAAAUUAGAAUUAUUGCUGGAAAAACCCUAA